AUGUCCUCGUUGAAUUACAGUAUCGAGCAGCUUCGUCUAGCUCACCCGGGGCUGCACCAUCGCAAAGAUUCGCAUAUACAGGCUGGACGGGGAUGCCUAGUCGGCCUGCUUUUACAUCUGGACCCCCCCGUGGCGCAUACCAUUAAUAUCGAGCCUUUGACUCCGACUGAUUGGGAAAUCAUCGAAUUACAUGCAAACUUUUUGGAGUUGAACCUCCUCUCUCAAAUCCGUGCCCUUCCCAACCCUUCUUACGCCAAUGCAGCAUCGGGCCAGGCAGAUAAGCCUCAUCCUCUCACUCUCCACCUUUCUCCAACUUCAACAGCAAAUAUUGUCGUAACAUCUUUAACACCUUCUCCCUCUUCAUCGUCCCCAUUUGCGAAAAUCGCGCCUGACGCUGAAGUUAUCGUUGCACCGAAGGUUCGCCCCAAGUCUUCGAGGCCUGCCCGCGGAGAGACCCGGAGCGUUACAAGUACAAGCCGGAAAAGCCUUGGGGGCCGGAGCAGUAGCAGCACUGUCCGGCCAAAAAGUCGAGAUUCCGAACCCGCAUCCCGAGGAGCGUUGUACUUUCGUGGCGUUGACAGCAAAUUCGCUUCGGAUUGUUUUGAUGAAGAGGUCGAGGAACUCAGCAAUGAAGGCCUCAGAGCAUGGGUCCAUCGUGAUGCACUCGCAAAAUAUGAGCUACGAGGUGCCACAUAUGUGUGUGUGUCUGUCGUUCGUCCUGCCGGUUUGUUACCACCCGUUGAUCCACAGCAACAUAUCCAGCAGAAGGAGCAAGAAUCGUCAGAGUCUGGUGAGAUUAAUAGAAAGCUCGUUGCGAGAAUUUAUCCUUGGGAUGAUUGCCCUGAUUCUGGUCAUGUUGCACUCUCUUCCAUGUUGUGCUCUAUGCUAGGAUCCGAAGGUAUGGUUGGAGGAGUAAUUCGAAUCGAAGCCGCACCGACCCAGAGACCCGGCAUCAAAUCGGUUAAAAUAUUUCCAUUUAACUCUGAUUCCUCGAAGAAAAAGGAGGGCUUGAAGUUUGGAGGAGAAUCCGUGGCUUAUAAAGAGGCUUUAGUCGAGCGGUUAAAGGCCAUUUACGGCAGCCCCGGCUCUGAUACUGGAAUAUUUGGAGGGCCGAUAACAGACGGUAUGAUUCUUCCAAAAUUAGAAGACCCAACUAGGUCACUCGAAUUUGAGGAAGCUAUGAUCCGUUUUGAACCGCCUCCCAAAACACCUCCAGAAAGCAAAGCCCCACUAGGUUGGAUUUUGGGUACAGAGUCGAAAUUCGCGCUCGAAAUUCAACCAGCUAUUACGAAGCCGGCAGAGAGCAACUUUGUGUCUCUUCCCGCAGAUGAGAUACUACCGGAUGAUGUCCCAGAGAUGGUCGGAAUCGACUCCGUCAUCGACAAUUGCAUGUCAAACUUGACCCGCGCAUCAUCGAUCCUUGUCACUGGGGGCCUGGGGUCCGGGAAGACGUCACUAUGCUAUGUUUUAGGACAGCAAUUGCGGGAGGAUUAUUUAUUUAACGUGUCUUACUUUCCGUGCCGGAAAUUAGUCACCGACGAAACGCGCAUUUCGAUGAUAAAAGAUACCUUGCAUCGCCUGUUCCUAUCUGCCUCUUGGUGCGCUAGACUGGGUGGCAAGUCAAUUGUUAUCUUGGAUGAUAUAGAUAAGCUCUGUCCUGUCGAAACUGAGCUUCAAGUGGGUGGUGAAAAUGGAAGAAGCCACCAAAUCAGUGAGAUAUUUUGCUCGAUUGUCAGAGAGUUCUGCUCUGCAAAUUCCCCAGUUGUGCUCUUGGCUACCGCCCAAUCCAAAGAGUCUAUCAACAACGUUGUCAUAGGGGGUCAUGUUGUUCGAGAAAUCGUGAGCUUAAAAGCUCCAAAUAAAGAAGGGAGGCGAAAGGUUUUGGAGAAAUUGACAAGUGAAGAUAAACCGCCGGGGAUUCUUUCAAAUACCGUUAACGGGUAUUCUCAUAGCCGCAAACCCUCGUCUCAAGAUUCCUGGCUGGAUCCCUCCAACCCUGCAACUAGACCUGGCUCUUCAGAAGAGCAGGAUGGCUUCGUCUUGAGCCGCGAUCUCGACUUUCUAGACCUAGCAGGCAAGACGGACGGGUACAUGCCCGGGGACCUUGUUCUCCUAGUCUCUCGCGCAAGGAACGAAGCGCUAAUCCGUGCGGUUCAAGAUAUCGAUGCUUCGUCGUCCGCUAUUGCUCUUGGUACUGAAGAUUUCGAAAGGGCACUGAAAGGCUUCACCCCGGCAUCACUUCGCAAUGUCACUCUAACAUCUUCCUCCACGACUUUCGCCGCGAUAGGAGGCUUGCAUGACACUAGGAAAACUCUCCUUGAAACGCUCCAGUAUCCGACAAAAUAUGCCCCCAUUUUUGCGCAGUGCCCCCUUCGCUUGCGAUCUGGCCUCUUACUUUAUGGUUUUCCUGGGUGUGGAAAGACGCUCCUUGCAAGUGCAGUUGCCGGCGAAUGCGGUCUCAAUUUCAUCAGUGUCAAGGGUCCUGAAAUUCUUAAUAAAUACAUCGGUGCUAGUGAGAAGAGCGUUCGAGAUCUCUUUGAGAGAGCUGAAGCUGCUAGACCAUGUAUUCUAUUCUUUGAUGAGUUUGACAGUAUUGCACCAAAACGUGGACAUGAUUCAACUGGUGUGACUGAUCGCGUUGUCAACCAACUUCUUACUCAGAUGGACGGUGCAGAAGGAUUAUCUGGUGUGUACGUUCUCGCUGCUACGUCACGGCCAGAUCUUAUCGACCCAGCGUUGCUCCGGCCCGGUCGACUUGAUAAGUCGCUCCUUUGCGAUAUGCCGAAUCAUGAAGACAGAGCGGAUAUCAUCACGGCGCUUGCAAAGAAGCUAAAACUUAGCGAGGAAGUUAUGGAACAUAUCGGUACCAUAGCUGACCGGACGGAAGGUUAUUCUGGUGCUGACCUCCAGGCUGUCGUAUACAAUGCACACCUGGAAGCUAUUCAUGAUGCACUAGGUGAUCGAUCGUCAGAGAAGCCACAAACUAAACCCAAUUCGAUGCCAAACGGUGUCAAUGGUAUAAAUAGUGAUCAAAAGACAAACAAGCCUUUCAUCCAGUUCCUAUACGAUCCAGAAGAACACGCCAUUGCUACCUCAACUGGACGAGCACGGGUUUCGGCAUCAUCACCAUCCCUAACCCCUCCAGCCGUCAUCGCCGCCAAAUUAGAAAUAUUGAAGAAGGCAAGACGGCGGCAGCGAGAAGCUGAACGUGGUCCCACUUCCGACGCCUACGUCAACGAUGGUGUCAACGGCGUCGAAGGUAUAUCAGACAACGAUAGAGAUUCAAGUAACGAUAUUCAAAUCGAGUGGGUUCAUAUUGAGCGCUCAUUGGAAACCACAAGGUGUUCCAUCAGUGACGUUGAGAGAAGAAGAUUAAGGGCAAUAUACUCUGAGUUUAUCGAAGGAAGAAAUGGAGAGAUGCCGACUGGUGAGGGAGCAAGGGAGAUUGGUGGGAGAACCAGCUUAAUGUAA